AUGCGACAAUCUGUCGCGAUCUCGGAUUCUUUGAUACUGGUGGAGCAUUUCCGGCGGCCCUUCAAAAGUCUCCUCAGCGGCGUCCAACUCAUUCCAAACAGUAGAGAGCCGAUUGAAAUAGCUGGUGACCGAGUUAUUUCCUUGUUUGAGUUUGUUGAGGCACGGUCGGUGAGUGAAUGUUUUGACAAGAUCCAGCUUCCCAUACAUCUCCUUGCUGUAUGCCUAGAUCUUGGCGGCCAUUUCUGUCUAUGGGAGCCCUGCCGCCACCUUUGUCGAAAGGAUUUCCGCGAAAUCAAAAUUUUGAGGAAACGGUUUUUUUUCUUGCAAAUCAUAAGAGAAGACUUGGAAUCUGAAACCAUACCUCAUCUUUCACCGAUUCUUGGUGUUGAAAAGCCCACAUUUGAACUAGUCUCUACAGCACCAACAUUAGUGCCUAAUAGCCUUGGGGCUAUUUGUGGGAGUAUUCGCGAGCACGGACUUAUGAUUCAUAUUGGGAAGGAAGCUCCUGACCUUAUUUCAAACCAUAUUAAGAAGCGACUCAUUGAGGUAUUCCACCUUUUAGGUAUCACAGAUUGGAACUCAAUCUUUUGGGCUGCACAUCCUGGUGGGCCUGCAAUUUUGGACCAAGUGGAGGCCAAGUUGGGUCUUAAACCUGAAAAGUUACAUGCGACCAGGCACGUGCUUGCUGAGUAUGGUAAUAUGUCAAGUGUAACUAUAUUGUUUGUUUUGGAUGAAGUAUGGAAGAAGUCAACUGAAGAGGGGUUGAAGACCAUAGGAGACGGUUUGGAAUGGGGAGUGCUUUUUGGAUUUGGUCCUAAGGUACUUACGUAUUGGACGUUGGUCUUCAGUGUUAACAUUGCUUAG